AUGCUAUUGUCUUGUCAAUAUCAUUACUAUCAUGAGACAGAUAUAUAUAUAUAUGUAAUUAUAUGUAUAUUUGUACUUACAUUUAUAUUUAUAUUUAUGGUUAUAUUUGCGUUUAUAUUUAUAUUUAUAUUUAUAUUUAUAUUUGUAUUUGUAUUUACGCUUAUAUUUAUAUUUGUAUUUAUAUUUAUACUUAUAUUUAUAUUCAUAUUUAUAUUUAUUUAUAUUUAUGUUUAUAUUUAUAUUUACAUUCACAUUUAUAUUUAUAUUCAUAUUUGUAUUUAUAUAGUGUAUCCUCAAUGA